AUGGCCGCUCAGUCGAAAAUGCGCGUCAAAAAGGGGGACUCCAGGGUCACCAAGGACGGCAAGGUCGUCGACAAGGCGGCCCUCACUCGUGCUCGGAAGUCUCUUUCGCAGACAGAUAAAAUCGCAUUGCAAUGGAUCAACGACUACUUGGCCACCCACCGCGCGCAGAUAUUGCAGACCAAGGCCAACCUUGAGUCUGGCCAGGUCGACUGCCAGGUUGAAGACCAGCAGCUUGACAUAAAAGAUCGUCCGUACUUCCCCGAUUCGUACAUGCACUUCGGGCAGUUGCUGGCUUGGUGGUGUGCGGACUUCCUGCACGAAUGGUUGGGGUACCCCCAGUCGCUUUUGGACAAAAUGGACGUGGCCAACACGGUGAAACCUACCUUCACGUACAUCACGGGGCUGGGCGACGGCCAGUAUUGGCCGAGGCCGUGCUUGCAGAAGCGGGUGCUGUACCUUUUCGCCAUCGCGAUGGCGGAGAAAAUGGGCAACCGGCAGGUGCAGUUCAAGGCAAAGAUCGGCCAGGAUGGCUCCGUGGAUUUCGUGAAGCACGGCCCCUUCGAGUACUUUUUCGGUGCCGCGGUCGGGGAGGCGGAGCCUGUGCUCGAGCGGACCGUGCACAAGGGCACUUCGAUCGAGGCGAAGAACCUCCCCCUCCGCAUCGACAAGGGUUUCAAAUGCACUUCGCCGUGGAGCGAUGCAAAUGCUAAGUUCGUCGGCGCCACCAGGUGGAAACCUUGCGUUCACGAGCUCUUCAAUGACCCCCCGUUCAUGGCGCAUCUCGACAAGAAGGUGCUGUCGACUUUGGCGGACACUGUGGUGUCUGCCAACGCAGCACUCCUCACCCCGAAGAAGAAGACAGUGAUCUUGAGCUCCAAAUCGGCGGCCAAGGCCGCGAAGGCGAAGGCGGUCGCCAAAGCGCGCGUUCCGCUUGCUAAACUUGCGGCCCCGUUCUCUGCGUGA